UUUUAUUUUUCUUUCCUUCCGACAAACGUUGGUACAUUGAAUCAGUAAAACGUGUACAACUUGUCUUGAAUCUGUCAUUUCACGGCAUAUAUUUCGUCGUUUUAUCCAACGUCUGUUUCUUCCAACCUGUUCUUUUCUUUUCCCUCUGCUUUCUCGUCCUUCGUUCACGACCAACAUACACACGUUCCCCUUUUGCUUCUGGUGUACACCUUCCGUCGAAUGGUUCGCGCGACAGUCACGGGCUGUCGAUUAAAAUAGAUCCUUCCAGUGAAAACGUUCCAUCAUCGAUUCGCCGCGUGUAACCAGCUCUCUCUCGAAGGGUUGCGUUUCGUUCCUCUCGACCACGCGCGCCGAUACAGCCGAUAAAUUUAGAAGGCUGUUGGGAGAUAUGAUGAUCGAACCGUUCGAAAAUUGAACGUACUCUUGUGUUACUUGCGAAACACCAUAUCGACACGACGUAAGUACUGUCGCAACGUGCUGUGAUUGCCAUCGUGGCUGAACCCUGUAAACGUUAAGAGAAGAGGACGAAAACGAAAGAGAAAAAAGGAAGAAAAAGGAAGCUGUCUACGAAGAGUUCGUGCUGUGACGAGUCUCGAAGAUUCUCUCAGUGUUGUUGGCGUGUGCCUCUCGAGAAUAUGAAACGCUUUAAUCACGGCCACACGCGUCCGUAUUCGUCUUGACUACGUGUCGUGGCUGAGCAAAAGGACCGCGUCUCCACUUCUUAAGAGAUGUCUUCGAUAUCAGCGCAGGGGGUCGUUGAAAGAGCCAGCGCCGAGUUGACCAAGAGAAUCAACGGUCUGGGGUUGAGAGCAUCUAAACAUCAUGGUGGGGGAAAGGCGAGCGUCAUGGAACGCGUUACGAACGUGUUCUGCGGUAGCGGCGGGGUCGCGUACACGAAUUUGCAGAGCGCGAACAAUGCGAACGCAACCCCGGAAAAGCCGAGCAGGAGCGUACCGACGUCGAUGAGCAACAUGCCAUCGGCGAACAACAAGAGUCUAAGCAGCGCAGGCACCUCCAGCAGGUCGAGAAUAUCGAGAAAUCGGCCAAAGAACGUGCCAUUGGCCAGUGGCGGAACCGGUGGAUACGUCGCGCCCACCACGUGGGAACAGUUGAUGGAGGACGAUCAUUUCCUAGGCAAAUUCUUCCUUUACUUCACCCCCCUCGAGAGGAGGAUUUUGGCUCAGGUUAGCCCAAGAUGGAGGGACAUACUAUACGCGCGGCCUCGACUAUGGGCAGGCUUGGUGCCCGUGGUGAGGUGUCGCGAGGUGCGAGCCAUGCCUCCAAGUUCGCGUACGCGCUUGUACGCAUCUUUAGUGAGAAGGGGAUUUCAUUCAUUAGUCCUUCUUAGCGCUUCUGACGAGGAUAUCCCAGAACUGACGCACGGAUUCCCGUUGGCGCAGAGGAAUAUCCAUUCGUUGUCGCUUAGGUGGUGCGCAAUCACCGACGGGGGCCUGGAAGCUCUCUUAGAACACUUGCAAGCAUUGUUCGAGCUUGAAUUAGCUGGUUGCAACGAGAUAACGGAAGCCGGCUUGUGGACCUGCUUGACACCUAGAAUAGUAUCACUCUCCUUGUCGGAUUGUAUCAACGUGGCCGACGAAGCUGUCGGUGCUGUCGCUCAAUUGCUGCCCAGCCUCUACGAGUUCUCGUUGCAGGCUUAUCACGUAACUGACGCCGCCCUUGGAUACUUCCAUGCCACUCAAAGUAGCUCCCUUAGCAUUCUCAGGCUGCAAUCUUGCUGGGAACUUACUAAUCAUGGUGUAGUCAAUAUUGUACAUUCCUUGCCCAAUCUGACUGUCCUGUCGCUGUCCGGAUGCAGCAAAGUCACUGAUGAUGGCGUCGAGCUAAUUGCCGAGAACCUAUCCAGGCUUCGUUCGUUGGAUUUAAGUUGGUGCUCGAGAAUCACCGACGCCGCCCUGGAGUACAUUGCCUGUGAUCUGAAUCACUUGGAGGAGCUCACGUUGGACAGAUGAAUUUCAAAGUGUUUGCUAGUGAAUAGUUUGUUAAACUUUUUUUUUUUUCUCUUUCUCUUCACAAUGGGAUCAUUGAGCGCAUUGUUCUUGAGAUGGUGCGUACUACUUAGAGACUUUGGACUUCAGCACUUGUGCGGCAUGAAAUCCUUACAAGUACUCUCCGUGGCAGGGUGCCCAUUGCUCACAAGUAGCGGAUUAUCUAGCUUAAUUCAGCUUCGACAUUUACACGAGCUAGAGUUAACCAACUGUCCAGGAACAUCUCAGGAGCUAUUCAACUAUCUGCGUGAACAUUUGCCGCGCUGCCUAAUCAUCGAAUAAACGUCACUUUAGCCAAGGCACGGCCAGAGCUCCGAGAAUUCCUUUACGUUCCACCUAGAAGACGUUUCUAUUCUUAUAGAACGAAACAACAACAUAAAAAAAUGUUUCACGUAAAGCAAUACUUAGAACGAACGGGGAUUACAAGUAUAUGUUGGAGAAGACGAAUGCGGAUGGGAUAGGAGAAGAAAAUUGACGUCCAGACGCGAAAACUACCGCAUACUAUGUUCUCUCAUGUAACUGAAAGGAAAAAGGAUAUAUAUAUAUAUGAAAAAAAGAAAAAAAGAAACUAACCCCUAAAAAACGUGCAAACGUUAACACUAAGAUAGUGCGUAGGCAAUUUUUAAUACACCAGAGCUCUUGUACGAAUCGCACUCCUUUUUCGCCGAUGCUAGACUUUCGAUUGGAUCGAAACUGGUCCGAUUCCGAUUGUGUUGUGUUUGUUUUUUUCUUUGUUUUUGUCGAAAACGUUUAUAUGAAAAAAAAAAGAAUGGAAGAGAAAAAGAAAGUAUGCGCAUCUCGAUAACUCAUGGUUUCCUGUGCAGAGUUUUACGCGUCGCUGCUUGAUGAUAGAGGAGAAACAAAAAAGCAAACGAACGAGGCAGUUUAACUAAAGUAGUAGGUUCUCGCUAAACAAGAAGCAAAAAUGAAAAACGAUGAAAAAAAAAAUACAAAAGAAUAAGUAGAGAUUGUCCGACGAGACGACACAACAGACUCAACAACAAACAGUUAGAACUGUGAUAAAUUUUUAUUAUAUACGUAUAUUGUUCUACUUCGACUAUGUUUAGGAACGUUGUUUAUCCCGCUUUACCGUUUAAGAACGCGCACGAGAUUAUCGACGCGUUAGACGCGUUGCUUUGAGAGAAAAAGCCAAACGAGCUACUGUACCCUAGUGAAGUGAAAACAAAAAAAAAAACAAAAAACGGGAAAAAGAAACGAAAAAAAGUGCAGAAAAACAUUCCGAUUACGUCUUAACGAGAAUUUUUAUUUCAUGAGACGUAUUUACGUAAUUCGCGAUGUUUUUUUCAUUUGUUCGACGAUACAUAUUGCUGA